AAACACAAACGCACACACAUGUGCGAUUGGAUAACACUGUGAAAUAGAUCGGGUUUUACACUUGCAGAAAAGCGAAUAAAGCAAUUAUCGUAAUUGUUUUUGUUUUUUUAGGGAGAUGCUGCACGCGGCCAUCUCUGUUGCUAUCUCUUCAAUCCCAAGAGCUUAGCAUAUGUUGCUUUGAUGUGUGUGUGUGUGUGCAAUUUAAUGCAAAAAUCAAGAACAGCAAUAAAGUAAUAAACAGAAACUGUGAUUGCAAUAAAGGGGUUAAAACCACACAUUCCAUUGAAUUCGUUGCUUAAACCGGCAUAACAGCAUUACGUUAGACCUAAAGCAACAGCGAAUUGCCGCCAUAUCCAUCAUUAAUCACAGAUCCACACAAAAGUAGAGCCAGCAGCCAUGGACCACGCCCAUCACAGUGCAGCCGGUGUAGAUCACUCGAUGAUGCACCACGACCAUGCAGGCAUGCACCACGACCACAGCGGAAUGGGAACCACUCCCUCGCCUUCUGAUCCUGCGUCCCUGUUCGAUUUGGUUCCCGAAACCAGCGACCUGCAUGCGGGUCACGCGGGUCACGGAGGUCACAAUCAUGGCGGCGGUUCCGGCACGGGAAUGGAGCACAUGAUGCCCAUGGCGUUCCACUUUGGGUACGACGAGACGAUCUUGUUCUCCUGGUGGCACAUCGAAACGGUGGCCGGUCUGGUGGGCUCCAUGAUCGCCAUCUUUCUGCUGGCUCUGAUGUACGAGGGCCUGAAGUACUACCGCGAGUAUCUGUUCUGGAAGACGUACAACCUGUUGGAGUACCGACCGGUCACGGGACCGCAGAGGAAUCCGGAGGCACCACGGAUUCCCUCGCCAGCGGCAGCAGCUCCCUCGCCCGUGCAAUACGUGGGCGAAGUUGUGCACAAGCAACCACCUUCGAUGCUGUCGACCAACCACCUGCUCCAGACGCUGCUGCACGUGCUCCAGGUGACCCUGUCCUUCCUGCUCAUGCUGAUCUUCAUGACCUACAACGUGUGGCUCUGCCUGAUGGUCGUCCUCGGCGCCGCCGUCGGUUACUUCCUCUUCUGCUGGAAGAAAUCGGUCAUCGUGGACGUCACCGAGCACUGCCACUAACAGAGGACCUCCUCAGGAAGCCUCCUCAGCCGUCGAUGUCUCACGGAGACGGAAGCGGAAGCCGAGGAGGAGGAGCAGCAGCACCUGUCCAUCUGAACGGAAGGCGGCGGCUGCUUGGUUGGUUGGUUCUAAGCUGGAAUUCCCGGAAGCUCUCAUCCCCACUGGAAACAACACAAAAAACACAAAAAAUUGCUUUCUCGAGGUAUUGAGCUUUGACUAAAUCCUUAGCUGGCGAUACGCGAUGCAGGGCCAGCUUUGUGUACAUAUAAAGAUGGAAAACUUAAUCAGGAACUGCAUCGUUUACACUCAUCUAAAAAAAAAUAAAAAUACCAUUUCAAGCCGAAAGUGUGCAGAAUGCAAGAGAACAAAUUGAGCGACUGGCGAGAAAAAACUGUAGAGUUAAGCGAAGCAAGUAAUAACUUUUUGUUGUUAGUACCAAAAGCAAAUAUUUUUUUUACCAUUACACUAUUGUACACCAUUUUGUAUCCUUAUUAUACGAUUAUGAUUAUUAUUAUUUGGUAAUAAACCAAUAUUUUUUUAUA